AUGGAGCAGUGGUUUCAAGAAAGUUUAUCUGCAAUCCUAGACUUCGAAGUUCCUGACGAAUUAAUAAAACACGUUUUGUCAAUUGAAAAUGAAGCAAGUAUGAACGAUUACAUGAAAACUUUAAUAGACUUCGAUAAUCCACGACAUGUAUCCUUCUUUAAUGAACUAUGCAAAAGAAAGUUUCCUACUAAGGGUUCAUCUCUGCCCAGACAACCCAAAAAAAAAAUUUCUAAAAACAAACAAAAGCCUGAUUUAAUUGAGGAGAAAGUAACCCCAGUACCAAAUGUGGAAGAUUCAAAAAGUAAAAAGAAAACAAAGUAUGUCAAUCUAUAUUCGCAGGAAGGGAAGAAUGCCCAGGUUAUUUUAAUAAAAGGAAGGCACUUUUGUGAAUGUCAGGCAUCAAAGCAUGAACUUGUAAAUAACUGUGUGCAUUGCGGCCGUAUAGUCUGUAAGCAGGAAGGUUCAGGUCCAUGCCUGUUUUGUGGACAUCUGGUAUGUACACCCCAAGAGCAAAGAGAAAUAAAUGCUAAAACCAAAGCCAGUACUAAGCUAAUGGAAUCACUUAUGGAAAGGAGUCGUCCAAAGGGGUGGGAAGCGGCUGUUUCCCAUAGAAAUAGGCUUCUAGAGUAUGAUAGGACGAGUGAACGUCGAACACGCGUGACAGACGAUGACAGUGAUUAUUUCAACGCAAACAGCGUAUGGCUAAGUGCAUCGGAAAAAGAGAAAUUGCAGAAGUACCAGCAGUCCUUGCAUGAUAAAAAACAUGCUUCUAGGCUAAAUAAGAAAAUGACUUUUGAUUUUGCUGGUCGUCAGGUAGUAGAAGAUAAUACAAUCGACUAUGAAGUGGACGAGGAACAAGUUCGCAGUAUAACCAGCAAUCCAGCUGCCGAUAGGCAGUUUUUGCGAAGCGAUUUGUUGGCCGACUUGUCGACGGAUCGAGACGUUGCGCCGGGAGUCAACGCCGACCUAUUACAGUUCGACGAGUCUAUCGGUGGCAACUACGCCAACGCGACCAAGGGUUGGUCUCGAGAAUCCCGCGUCCAAGACGCCCAACUUCAGGAGAUGUCGGACACAGGCCGGUGUCUCUCGAUGCAUCAGCCGUGGGCUUCGCUGCUGGUCGAGGGCAUUAAGCUUGCGGAAGGUCGUACUUGGUACACCAACCACCGCGGUCGGCUGUGGAUAGCUUCAACAGUCAAAGCGCCCGACCAGAGCCUGAUUAGAGAGAUCGAGAACAGAUACAGGGUGCUCUAUCCAGAUAAACAAUUAAAGUUCCCUUCUUUCUAUCCGACCGGUUGUCUUCUCGGCUGCGUCAAUGUGGACGACUGCUUAACCCAAGAAGAAUAUGAUAAACUGUAUCCGGAUGGCGAAGGCGAAUGUCCCUAUAUGUGGAUGUGCUCUAAUCCCAUCAGCUUGCGCCUGCGUUUCCCCGUCCAAGGCCAGCAUAAAAUAUAUAAUUUAGAUAAGUCCAUACAUCAGGCCGCACUCAAAUGUCUCCAGAAAAUGUCCAAAAUAGAAGCGGAACAAGCGCAUGCGGCUUAA